AUUUGUACCAGUAAACAUGUUAUUACGUUGAUGUUUUCAGUCUUGUUACCUCUUCUCCCUGGGCAUUAAAAAGGCACAGAGAACACAAGGGAACUGGGAAUUAUUAAGAAUAACAUUUUUUUUCUUUACAGUUGAGGUCAAAAUGGCCUCUCCACACAGAGUUUUGUGCUUGGAGACCCUGAGUACAUCCAUCACAAAUAUCAACGUCCCCAUCUUAGGAUCGGUGACACAACGAGCGAUGGACAUCAAAAGGGAAAUAGAGGAGGUAAGAGAGGAUAUAGCAGAGGGGGGACAAUUCUUAAACUCUUAUACAAAAGAGACCACAUCAAUAAUAAAUUACUGGAAACAGGUAUCAGAACUGAGUUUUUAACAAUAGAGCCCAGUUUAGGAUGGAAGUCUGUGGGAUGGAGUAUUAUAGUUUCUGAAGCGGACCACCAGGUCCCUGGAGGCUGUGUUCGGGGCUUUGAGGGGUUAGGGUAUGUGGAAUUGUCCUUCAAUCACCACUGCUUUAGCCUGCCGGGGUUGUAGUAAGCUCCCCACCAAGCACCUCGCAAAGUGUGGCAGUUCUGCGUCAGGGAUCUUCUCCGAUAACCCACGCACCUUUAGAUUAUUUUGGCGCCACGAGUCUCCCUGGCAGUGAACCGGCGCUUAUGGAGCUGGUAUUGGUGCUGUAGUUCCGGCACUGCUUGCUGGAGCGACUUUAUGUGUUGGGUGCUCAGCCGAUGCGUAUGGGAUGGGAGUCUGGGGAUGCUAGGUGGGGAUGCUAGAAUAUUACAUGAUGCUAGGCUAUUAAUAGAUGGGAGUCUGGGGAUGGAGUAUUACAGGGUGCUAGGCUAUUACUGGAUGGGAGUCUGGGGGAUGGAGUAUUACAGGGUGCUAGGCUAUUACUGGAUGGGGGUCUGGGAGAUGGAGUAUUACAGGGUGCUAGGCUAUUACUGGAUGGGAGUCUGGGGAAUGGAGUAUAACAGGACCCUAGGCUAUUACUGCAUGGGAGUCUGGGGGAUGGAAUAUUACAGGAUGCUAGGCUAUUACUGGAUGGGAGUCUGGGGAUGGAAUAUUACAGGAUGCUAGGCUAUUACUGGAUGGGAGUCUGGGGAUGGAGUAUUACAGGGUGCUAGGCUAUUACUGGAUGGGAGUCUGGGGAUGGAGUAUUACAGGAUGCUAGGCUAUUACUGGAUGGAAGUCUGGGGAAUGGAGUAUAACAGGACCCUAGGCUAUUACUGCAUGGGAGUCUGGGGGAUGGAAUAUUACAGGGUGCUAGGCUAUUACUGGAUGGGAGUCUGGGGAUGGAGUAUUACAGGGUGCUAGGCUAUUACUGGAUGGGAGUCUGGGGAUGGAGUAUUACAGGGUGCUAGGCUAUUACUGGAUGGGAGUCUGGGGAUGGAGUAUUACAGGGUGCUAGGCUAUUACUGGAUGGGAGUCUUGGGGAUGGAAUAUUACAGGACGCUAGGCUAUUACUGGAUGGGAGUCUUGGGGAUGGAGUAUUACAGGAUGCUAGGCUAUUACUGGAUGGGAGUCUGGGGGAUGGAGUAUUACAGGGUGCUAGGCUAUUACUGGAUGGGAGUCUGGGAGAUGGAGUAUUACAGGGUGUUAGGCUAUUACUGGAUGGGAGUAUGGGGGAUGGAGUAUUACAGGAUGCUAGGCUAUUACUGGAUGGGAGUCUGGGGAUGGAGUAUUACAGGGUGCUAGGCUAUUACUGGAUGGGAGUCUGGGGGAUGGAGUAUUACAGGAUGCUAGGCUAUUACUGUAUGGGAGUAUGGGGAAUGGAGUAUUACAGGAUGCUAGGCUAUUACUGGAUGGGAGUAUGGGGGAUGGAGUAUUACAGGGUGCUAGGCUAUUACUGUAUGGGAGUCUGGGGGAUGGAAUAUUACAGGGUGCUAGGCUAUUACUGGAUGGGAGUCUGGGGAUGGAGUAUUACAGGGUGCUAGGCUAUUACUGGAUGGGAAUCUGGGGGAUGGAGUAUUACAGGGUGCUAGGCUAUUACUGGAUGGGAGUCUGGGGAUGGAGUAUUACAGGGUGCUAGGCUAUUACUGGAUGGGAGUCUUGGGGAUGGAGUAUUACAGGACGCUAGGCUAUUACUGGAUGGGAGUCUGGGGGAUGGAGUAUUAGAGGGUGCUAGGCUAUUACUGGAUGGGAGUCUGGGGGAUGGAGUAUUACAGGACGCUAGGCUAUUACUGCAUGGGAGUCUGGGGAAUGGAGUAUUACAGGGUGCUAGGCUAUUACUGGAUGGGAGUCUGGGGGAUGGAAUAUUACAGGGUGCUAGGCUAUUACUGGAUGGGAGUCUGGGGGAUGGAAUAUUACAGGGUGCUAGGCUAUUACUGGAUGGGAGUCUGGGGGAUGGAGUAUUACAGGGUGCUAGGCUAUUACUGGAUGGGAGUCUGGGGAUGGAGUAUUACAGGACGCUAGGCUAUUACUGUAUGGGAGUCUGGGGGAUGGAGUAUUACAGGGUGUUAGGCUAUUACUGGAUGGGAGUAUGGGGGAUGGAGUAUUACAGGGUGCUGUGGCUGGCUUCGAUGGGAGUAUGGGGAUGGAGUAUUACAGGGUGCUGCUAGGGCUAUUACUGGAUGGAGUCUGGGGUGUGGCUUGGAGUAAUACAGGAUGCUAGGGCUAUUACUGGAUGGGGAGUAUGGGGGAUGGAGUAAUAUGUGGUGCUGCCAGGGCUGUCAAUGGAUGGGGAGUCUGGGGAUGGAGUAUUGGUGGGUGCCAGGCUAUUACUGGAUGGGAGUCUGGGGAUGGAGCAUUACAGGGUGCUAGGGCUAAUACUGAUGCAUGGGGAUGAGACACAGGAUGCUGUGGGCUAUUACUGUAUGGGAGUCUGGGAUUGAGUAUUAUGGUGCAUCUAUAGGGCUAUUACUGGAUGGAGUCUGGGGAUGGAGUAUUACAGGGAAGUGCUAGGGCUACACUGGGAUGGGAGUCUGGGGGAUGGAGUAUUACAGGAUGCUAGGCUAUUACUGGAUGGGAGUCUGGGGAUGGAGUAUUACAGGAUGCUAGGCUAUUACUGUAUGGGAGUCUUGGGGAUGGAGUAUUACAGGACGCUAGGCUAUUACUGUAUGGGAGUCUGGGGGAUGGAGUAUUACAGGGCUAGGCUAUUACUGGAUGGGAGUCUAUAUUACAGGAUGCUAGGCUAUUACUGGAUGGGAGUCUGGGGGAUGGAGUAUUACAGGGUGCUAGGCUAUUACUGGAUGGGAGUCUGGGGGAUGGAGUAUUACAGGGUGCUAGGCUAUUACUGGAUGGGAGUCUAUUACAGGACGCUAGGGAUGGGAGUCUGGGGGAUGGAGUAUUACAGGGUGCUAGGCUAUUACUGGAUGGGAGUAUGGGGGAUGGAGUAUUACAGGGUGCUAGGCUAUUACUGGAUGGGAGUCUGGGGGAUGGAGUAUUACAGGGUGCUAGGCUAUUACUGGAUGGGAGUCUGGGGGAUGGAGUAUUACAGGACGCUAGGCUAUUACUGGAUGGGAGUCUGGGGAUGGAGUAUUACAGGGUGCUAGGCUAUUACUGGAUGGGAGUAUGGGGGAUGGAGUAUUACAGGGUGCUAGGCUAUUACUGGAUGGGAGUCUGGGGAUGGAGUAUUACAGGAUGCUAGGCUAUUACUGGAUGGGAGUCUGGGGGAUGGAGUAUUACAGGGUGCUAGGCUAUUACUGGAUGGGAGUAUGGGGGAUGGAGUAUUACAGGGUGUUCGGCUAUUACUGGAUGGGAGUCUGGGGGAUGGAGUAUUACAGGGUGCUAGGCUAUUACUGGAUGGGAGUCUGGGGAUGGAGUAUUACAGGGUGCUAGGCUAUUACUGGAUGGGAGUACUGGGGAUGGAGUAUUACAGGAUGCUAGGCUAUUACUGGAUGGGAGUCUGGGGAUGGAGUAUUACAGGGUGCUAGGCUAUUACUGGAUGGGAGUCUGGGGAUGGAGUAUUACAGGGUGCUAGGCUAUUACUGGAUGGGAGUCUUGGGGAUGGAGUAUUACAGGACGCUAGGCUAUUACUGGAUGGGAGUCUGGGGAUGGAGUAUUACAGGAUGCUAGGCUAUUACUGGAUGGGAGUCUGGGGGAUGGAGUAUUACAGGAUGCUAGGCUAUUACUGGAUGGGAGUAUGGGGGACGGAGUAUUACAGGAUGCUAGGCUAUUACUGGAUGGGAGUAUGGGGGACGGAGUAUUACAGGGUGCUAGGCUAUUACUGGAUGGGAGUCUGGGGAUGGAGUAUUACAGGAUGCUAGGCUAUUACUGGAUGGGAGUCUGGGGGAUGGAGUAUUACAGGAUGCCAGGCUAUUACUGGAUGGGAGUCUGGGGGACGGAGUAUUACAGGAUGCCAGGCUAUUACUGGAUGGGAGUCUGGGGGACGGAGUAUUACAGGAUGCUAGGCUAUUACUGGAUUAUUAUGAAAGGCACCUCCAUCCCCCACCGAUGUUCAUUGGUCCCAGGGUGCUAAAAAAAAGGGGAUUGUGGUUCUCUCUGCACAUCUCUUCAAUAAUUUCUGUAAUUUUUCUACCAAACCAAAACAUCAAAUGAAAUCUCAGUAUGCACUGAGGUAUGUAAUAAAUCGUAGAUGAUCCAAAAUAACUUAAAUAAUCUCUUGUUUCUUUAGGGGAAGCAGAAACCCUUUAAGGAGAUAAUCUUUUGUCACUUUGGGGACCUUCAUGCAAUGGGCCAAAAGCCCUGUACCUUCCUGAGACAGGUAUUGAACCCCUUUAUGACACAUUGCCAAGGAUAAUGGACAGGUUGGGGGGAUCACAGCUAAUAUAGCCAUCAUGAUUUCAUUGAGAAAAAUAUCACAAAACGGAGCUGACUCUCAAGCUAAAUAUAUACGUUAAUGGACUGGGUAAUGUGAGAGUGGAUAUAUAUGGAGGGUGUCUGAUGGAGAAGUCUGAUGGAAGGUCUCUGAUGGAGAAUAUCUCUUGGAGGAUGUCUGAUUUAGGGCAUCUGAUGUCAAGUGUCUGAUGGAAGGUCUCUGAUGGUGUCUGAUAGAAAAUAUCUGUUUGGGGGGUGAAAAUAUAUAUCUUGGAGGGUGUCUUAUUUAGGGUGUCUGGUGGAGGGUGUUUGAUGGAGAGCGUUGGAUGGCAUUUUGUUGGUUUUUGGUUCUCAUCAUCCAUGAACAUUUACACACAUUUCACCCUCUCUAGGUGAUGGCCCUGUGUAUGUACCCAGCUCUCCUGGACAAUAGCGAAUUCCCUGAAGAUACCAAGCGGAAAGCUCGGUCUAUCCUGCAGACGUUAGAAAAUGGAUCAGUGGGUAAAGGAAGCGAUCUGUGAGCUGGGCCCGAGGAGUCCCAGCUAAUCACAUAAUAUUUCACAUUACACUCCAUUGUUUAAAAAAUCAUGGUGUGGGGUCUAACGCCAUGAGCUAUCUUUUUUUUUUGGUAAAUAGCCUUUUAUUGAAGGUUUUCAUAUAUCAAGGAAACAAUAAAAUGCAGCGUUACAUUCAGAGUGUAGAGAAACAGUGUAAAAAAAAAAACUUUCGAGAUUCGCAGAUCUCUCAAAGUAAGUGAUAAGGAUGAGACACGCAGCAUUUAGCAUUUAGAUGUUAAACAUAUGUCUCAAAUUUUAUUCUGCCUGUCCCACUACCGGUGGCCAUGGGCUAACUUACAGAGAGGUUAAAGCCCUUCAUAAAACAGGACAACAAAUUUAAAAAGUGAAUAGCCUAGCAAUUAAAAUAUAACUUUUAUUUCCUUUAAAAAUAAACUUAUUUGUUAGACUUAUUAAUAAAUUGUUAUAUAAUUUGUUAGUUGUGUAAACCUGAAAGUAACUUAUGAACUAUGAUUCAUUAAUAAUGUAAGGAAACCAAGUGUAUUUAAACCUCAUUCGGUUAAUUUCCUCCCGAAUCGCCAGAGCAUCAGUGAUUAUAGCUCUCCGUUUGGUAGAUAAAGUAGACGAAUCGUAUAGUAAUCCCAGUAGCUUCAUAAGAUAAUUCCCUUAGUGAAACACACGAAUCCCCAAACAUCAGCCGAAGUCAAGAAGAAGGGUACAACUGAACUAACUUUUAAUGAGUGCACACAGGCUUUUAUGCAAGUCCCCAUGCAAGGGGACAUCCCCCAGGGAGGGACAAAGAUUAACCAAUCAGGUACCGUAAAAACAUAACACACACCCACAAUUCCCUCCCCUAACCCUGGAGAUAAUCAAGUCUGAUAAAGUAAUAACUUGAUUAUCUCCAGGCAGAAAAAUCAAUUUUUUCCCCAAUAUAUGAAACACCCCUUUAUACUUGAGGUAUCCCCCAAAAUAAUAUGUCCCUUGAUAGCCCCGAUCUGGGUGACCAACAUACUCAAAUUUCACCCAGAUCGGUUCAGGGGUUCUCAAAAACUGUGGAAGUCUUCUGUGACUGGCUCACCGUGGGCUGGCUGCCCAAAACAGUUCCAUGAGUUUGGUGGGUUUUGACGGUCACUUUAGUAAAAGGGAAUAAAGUACCGAAUGGAUCCCCCUGGCUCUCAGCAGCGAUUGUUCCCCUCUGUCGAAUGCACCAAAGUACUGAAUAGCGCUCUUCUAGCAAUUCAGUAAUUAGUGUUACAGCAUUCGUCUGUGUGAGACCGGUGUUCGGGAAGUCGAGUAUGCGAUUUUAGUUCCAGACACUCGACGACCAAGUCCCGCUGCCUUUGUUCGCAUGAAAAAAGAUGGCCACGGUUUUCUCAGCCACAUGGCGUUCGGUAUUACGAACGCUGGCCGCACAGAUAGAGUGUUCAAUUGAAGCAGUCUUUGAAGUUUAAUGAGCCAGGGGGUGGUCUUUGUUCGGUAGGUAAAUCUACCGAAUGAAAUAGGGGAGAAAUAUUGUACAAAAGAGGGAUUUCUUCACAAAUAAUAUUGGGUACAAUCUCUUCUCGAUUAAAUAAACAGCAGCAAUAGUAAGGAAAAAAAACACACCAAAAGGUUUCAUUGAAACUGCAUUUUAAAACUUUGUUACAAGGUGGCUCCCUACUACCAUCAGUUUGUCUCUGAGAAAAAGGAAUUGACUAAACCUUGGCGUUAGUUUUCAGAAGAAUUGGAAUGCAGACAAAAAAUUAGCUCAUUCAGCCAUUCAUCCACAUUCUGACUCUCUGAACGUCACAUCGGAAGAAUGAAACGAAUUAAAAAUCUGGCGCUGGCAGAAUUUCAUUAAUUUAUGAAUUUGAAAAUCUUAUAUGGGAUUACCAUAUUUAACGGUACCAAAUUAGGGAGGGAUCUGUGUUUGUAAAAUAUCUGAAUAAUUGGUAUGCUAAAAUAUGGUAAUCCCAGAUAAGGGUACAAAUUUGAUUUAUGGAAUGAUCUAAUAAACACGACAUAAGAAUUACCCUGUUUCAAGGUUUCCAGAUGGAGACUUCUCCAGUCCAAAUUGUUGUUGGCUCUUCCUUUAAAUAAAAUUUUGGAGAUGAAUUGUCCCUGAAGAGUUGAUAAUCUAAAAGUUUAAAAAUUCAUUCUCACUGGACCCAAUGACAGAAGUCAAGCUAACACCAUAAGAAAAGCCACCCAGGUCUGGUACAUCUCGACACUUUCAUCAAACAAUAAGAGGAUAUCAUCAAUGUAUCUGACCCAGAAUUUCACAUGACCAAUAUGGGGAGGUAAAAACCCACUUUGCUUUCCACUUGGCCUCAUACAAAUUGGCAUAAUUAGGAGCACAACAUGUCCCCAUAGCUGCGCCCUUUGUUUAUAAAUAGAUCUUUCCAUCAUAAGUGAAAUAUUUGUGGGUGAGGAUAAAUUUGAGUAAGGUCAACAAAGACACUGCAUUUCUCAGUCAAAGAACGCUUCCAGAAACAACUGGACAUCCUGGGAUGUGGGGGUUUAAAAUGCUUUUCUGAAGCGUUGGGAGGCAGUAAAAUGCUCUCAAGAUAGAUCUGGAAAGUCUUGAUAGUUUCUUUAAAAUAUUUUGUGUUUCUUUUUCUUAAUAGACCUACAAAAAUUAUCAAAAUGUUUAUUUUAUUUUGAAUUGAUAGAUGUAUAAAAGGAAUCAUUUUUAAACUUCCUCACAAUUCUCCUUCUAAGCUUUCAUUACCACCUUUGAUAUUUUUUUUUUCAAUUUGAAAAACGCAUCAAAUCGAAAGAGAAUUCAAUGAGCAUCUAAUUCCUCAUUCUAGUAUGCUUUUCAGUUAUGAUUUUGUAAGCUGGAGGGAGUACGGAGCCCUCUCGUUACCGUGUUUUGUGUGAAAUAAGACUCCAGACGAGAUCUCCCACCAAGCACUGAUCUGCUUUUUAUAUGAUUUGUGGACAUUAAAGAAAGCUUGAGUAAUGUCCAAGGAGACAUUAGAAUGGGCAGAAUGUAAAGGAGCAGUAGUAAAAACAUUUGUAAUAUCAGAUUUCUAAGUGUUGAUCAACCAUUAAAGAUAAAAGAUCAGCCAUCACACCUUGGUAAGUAAUAAGGAAAGAUAAAUUGAAAGACCUUCAUUAAGGUUAAUCCCAAAAUCCUUCCUAUAUCACUGGAUUGUGUUUCAAUGUCUUUACAGGAAGUUACAAUGAGUUUUAUUCAUGGGAAACACUGCCACAAAGGAUCGCGCACUUCAUCCAGAGAAGGGAUGGCGGAAUCCCCUGUGACCCAAAGAAUGUGGUGGUGUCUAGUGGAGCCACGGCAGCGAUUGUGGUACGAGGCUGUUCCGGAUCACAUAUUACAUUUAUAUUUAUAUAUAUAUAUAUAUAUUAUUUACAAAUAGGCUCCUGCAAUAAACAUUAUACUUCCUAUCAUCCCAAACACUACCCAGUUUGACAGUUUGUGUCUAGAAAUCAAUGGAAAUAUAGAAUUUGAAUCCUCCUGCAGCUGCACCAUCCUGUGUCCGAGUUUAGGGAGUACCUAGUAACAUGCAUUAUUUUAAUCUCGAAUAAAGAGAAAAAAAGAGUUAAAGCUCUCAAAUCAUUAUGCAAUUUAAAUAUAAAAGCCACCUAGCUCAAAACAAGUUAAAUCACAAUGUCUUACCUUGCCCAAAGUUAAAUAUUUCCACCAAUUACUGACCUUUGUAGCUUGAUAAUUAAUUAUAUCCAGGCAUGACUGCCUUGUUAAUUAAUACAUAGCAGGUUUAAUAUACAGGGUGAGUCACAUGUUAGGAACCACCCAAAUACCAACUAGAUGUUUAAUAUAGUCUAAGCACUGUAUCCACUACAGACUGCUCUAGUAUAUAUGGUACCAUUAGCCCUCUGGCAACAUCCCUCGGUUUUGGGUAAAACUCUUUUCAAACGGUUUUACCAAACAUGGGGAUCCUUGAACACCUCCUGCUCUACCUAUUGCUAACAUGCAACUUCUGUAUUAACAAUAUGCGUUUUAUCCAUAUUUGGAUUUCAUUGACAGGCUGAGUGUCAGGGUCCCCCAGUUUUUGUUACAAUGCUUAAAGGGACCCUGUAGUGCCCCUCUCCCUCCCACCUCCCAUCCCAUGUUGCUAAAGGAGGUAAAUCCCUUUAAGUGACUUACUGGAGUCCAGCGACGAUGUCCCUCGGCGCUGGUCAGGCUCUGCCAACUCUCCACCUACUCUCAAUGGCAAUGGCCGUGCGCACACUAGACCUCCCUAAGGGGAUUCUGCAUAGCGGAGGAUAUCCAGCGUCAUAUAACACACUUUUCGUGUUCUAAGAACACGGAAGUCCCUCUAGUGGCUGUCUGAUAGACAGUCACUAGAGACGGACUUAAUGCUGCAAGGUAAAUAUUGCAGUUUAUUACAUAGUUACAUAGUUACAGAGCUGAAAAGAGACUUGUGUCCAUCAAGUUCAGCCUUAUGAAAACUGCAAUAAUUACACUUGCAGGGUUAAGGGUAGUGGGAGUUGGCACCCAGACCACUCUAAUGGGCUUAAAUGGUCUGGAUGCCUGGAGUGUCUGUUUAACAAAUGUUUGGCUUAGAACUGGUGGACAGCACAUGUAGCCUAUUAGCAGCCACUAAAAUGGCAUGUAGUGGUUAUGGUUUAUAUAAUAUAAAUGUACAUAAUGUUAAUGAUGAGACGAAUGCACAUUAAUUGGACUCGCUCAGUGUAAUUAUUAUCCCUUCACAGAGCGUGCUCACCAUGGUGGUAAAUGAAGACGAGCCAUUAAGAACUGGUAUCAUGCUUUCAGUGCCCCAGUACCCAGUGUACGUGGACACCAUUAUGCUGUCUGCUGCAGUGAAGGUGGAAUAUAACCUAGAUGAAGAGAAUGGAUGGUCUCUGAAUGUGGACAAUAUUCGCCAAUCUCUUUACAAAGCCAGGACGCAUUGCAAUCCGAAGGUCCUCUGUGUCAUGAACCCAGGAAACCCAACUGGUACCAUAACUAAUGUGUAUUAACUGCAUGGUUUAUGUACUGGCACUGCUUGGAAAGGGAGCUUUCUGAUCCCCAGAGCUUGCAAUUCAACAUGAAGAUACCUGCUAGCCAAUGGCUGGCUGCCUGUGCUGUAACAUAGCACAGGGUCUUUUUACAAUUGUAUGUGCAAAAUGGAAAAAGUAAGAGUAGUAAAUCACUGGAACGGCAUUCCUGUGCAGGUGGUAAUUACAGCAAGACAUAUAUAUCAUUUACUGACACCAUUACAGGAUAAAUUCCACAAAUUCUGUUAGUAAGUCUGAAUGUAAGCAUUUACUUUACAAACAAUUCCUGCAGAGUGUGACUAAGACCCCCCUGGCCCUAUACAGGAUAUCAGUCCGUCCCCCAUUUAAUUAUUUGCCAAGGGAUGGUUAAUGGGGCCGACCCCACUGAGGGUCACAUUAUUGUUAAUCCUGCUGGGAAAUUCUGCACAGAAUUACUCAGAAUUCCAGAAAAUUAUUUUAAUAAACCAGGAGAAUUACUGUGAAUUUAGAAACAUUUGGGUCAGAAAUAGCUAAACUAAAGAAUUCUACAAUCCUGCAACUUUAAAUCUACACGAUUCACAGUUUAAUAAAUACAAUUUUCUUAUAUCUUCUUUAGGGAAAUUUCUUCUCAAACUACCAAAAUGGGCUAAAUAGCAAGAUAUUGCAACAUAGACCAUUGAAACCCAGAAAGGGUUCUCUUUUUCAGGAAUAGACUCCACCAAUCAGAAGCCUUUAAUUCUGGUCCAUGUUUAUUUGUAUCCUAUGUUUCUCUAGCUGGGGUUUAUGGGAUAUGUAGUUUAUCCCCAGACACACAUCUUGUUGAAGUACUCAGUAAGCUGAGAUACUAUCAGUAUACACAAAACCCAGCCUGUAGACCGCUUGGACAUCUUGGAGACAUUUCAUUAUUUCCAUAAAGGCCCUCCUUGCUCAUACAUUGCUACCUGUCCCAGGUCCAUUCAUGAAGCCAAAUGAAUGAUAAAUGUGGCAGGCUGGUAGAAAGAUAUGGCUCCUGAUAGGUGGAAUGGAACUUGGAUUAUUUUCUUAAUUCAAUCCACAAACAGUAACUACGUUACCUUCACAAAGCUCAGUUUGGGACCUUCAGUUUCUAUCUAUCACUUAGACACAAAGUAUCAGAACGUCCCUUCAUUCCAAUCACCACAACUUUGUUUCCACACAAUUCUUGACAUUACUUAUCAGGUGAUUCACUAAAGAAUGAAUUAUCAGAAUUCAUUGCGAGUUUCUUCUUUUGGGUCAAAAUAGCCUAAAUUGAAAACCGAGCUGACAUUUUAGCAAUUUGACUAAUUUGACCUUAAAGCACACAGUUCGCACGUUAGUGAAUAGUUUGAUGUGUUUCUUGUUAGUAAGUAUCAGAUUAGUAGGAUAUAACGAAAUGUGUUCACAGGACGGGUGGAGAGCAGAGAAUGUAUUGAGGAUGUGAUCCGACUGGCUGCAGAAGAAAACCUGCUCCUCUUCGUGGAUGAGGUAAGCCAGUCCUGCUAUGCCCUCACAGAGCUAUGUGUCUCCAGUCCUGCUAUGCCCUCACAGAGCUAUGUGUCUUCAGUCCAGUCCUGCUAUGCCCUCACAGAGCUAUGUGUCUCCAGUCCAGUCCUGCUAUGCCCUCACAGAGCUAUGUGUCUCCAGUCCUGCUAUGCCCUCACAGAGCUAUGUGUCUUCAGUCCAGUCCUGCUAUGCCCUCACAGAGCUAUGUGUCUCCAGUCCUGCUAUGCCCUCACAGAGCUAUGUGUCUUCAGUCCAGUCCUGCUAUGCCCUCACAGAGCUAUGUGUCUCCAGUCCAGUCCUGCUAUGCCCUCACAGAGCUAUGUGUCUCCAGUCCAGUCCUGCUAUGCCCUCACAGAGCUAUGUGUCUCCAGUCCUGCUAUGCCCUCCUAGAGCUAUGUGUCUCCAGUCCAGUCCUGCAAUGCCCUCACAGAGCUAUGUGUCUCCAGUCCAGUCCUGCUAUGCCUUCACAGAACUAUGUGUCUCCUGUCCAGUGCUGCUAUACCCUCACAGAGCUAUGUGUCUCCAGUCCAGUCCUGCUAUGCCCUCACAGAGCUAUGUGUCUCCAGUCCAGUCCUGCUAGGCCCUCACAGAGCUAUGUGUCUCCAGUCCAGUACUGCUAUGCCCCCAGAGAGCUAUGUGUCUCCAGUCCAGUUCUGCUAUGCCCUCACAGAGCUAUGUGUCUCCAGUCCAGUCCUGCUAUGCCCUUACAGAGCUAUGUGUCUCCAGUCCUGCUAUGCCCUCACAGAGCUAUGUGUCUUCAGUCCAGUCCUGCUAUGCCCUCACAGAGCUAUGUGUCUCCAGUCCAGUCCUGCUAUGCCCUCACAGAGCUAUGUGUCUCCAGUCCAGUCCUGCUAUGCCUUCACAGAACUAUGUGUCUCCUGUCCAGUGCUGCUAUACCCUCACAGAGCUAUGUGUCUCCAGUCCAGUCCUGCUAUGCCCUCACAGAGCUAUGUGUCUCCAGUCCAGUCCUGCUAGGCCCUCACAGAGCUAUGUGUCUCCAGUCCAGUACUGCUAUGCCCCCAGAGAGCUAUGUGUCUCCAGUCCAGUUCUGCUAUGCCCUCACAGAGCUAUGUGUCUCCAAUCCAGUCCUGCUAUGCCCUUACAGAGCUAUGUGUCUCCAGUCCAGUCCUGCUAUGCCCUCACAGAGCUAUGUGUCUCCAGUCCUGCCAUGCCCUCACAGAGCUAUGUGUCUCCAGUCCAGUCCUGCUAUGCCUUCACAGAACUAUGUGUCUCCUGUCCAGUGCUGCUAUACCCUCACAGAGCUAUGUGUCUCCAGCCCAGUCCUGCUAUGCCCUCACAGAGCUAUGUGUCUCCAGUCCUGCUAUGCCCUCCCAGAGCUAUGUGUCUCCAGUCCUGCUAUGCCCUCACAGAGCUAUGUGUCUCCAGUCCAGUCCUGCUAUGCCCUCACAGAGCUAUGUGUCUCCAGUCCAGUCCUGCUAUGCCCUCACAGAGCUAUGUGUCUCCAGUCCUGCUAUGCCAUCACAGAGCUAUGUGUCUCCAGUCCAGUCCUGCUAUGCCCUCACAGAGCUAUGUAUCUCCAGUCCAGUCCUGCAAUGCCCUCACAGAGCUAUGUGUCUCCAGUCCUGCUAUGCCAUCACAGAGCUAUGUGUCUCCAGUCUAGCGCUGCUAUGCCCUCACAGAGCUAUGUGUCUCCAGUCCAGUCCUGCUAUGCCCUCACAAAGCUAUGUGUCUCCAGUCCAGUCCUGCUAUGCCUUCACAGAACUAUGUGUCUCCUGUCCAGUGCUGCUAUACCGUCACAGAGCUAUGUGUCUCCAGUCCAGUGCUGCUAUACCGUCACAGAGCUAUGUGUCUCCAGUCCAGUCCUGCUAUGCCCUCACAGAGCUAUGUGUCUCCAGUCCAGUCCUGCUAUGCCUUCACAGAACUGUGUCUCCUGUCCAGUGCUGCUAUACCCUCACAGAGCUAUGUGUCUCCACUCCAGUCCUGCUAUGCCCUCACAGAGCUGUGUCUCCAGUCCAGUCCUGCUAUGCCUUCACAGAGCUAUGUGUCUCCAAUCCAGUCCUGCUAUGCCCUCACAGAGCUAUGUGUCUCCAGUCCAGUCCUGCUAUGCCCUCACAGAGCUAUGUGUCUCCAGUCCUGCUAUGCCCUCACAGAGCUAUGUGUUCCCAGUCCUGCUAUGCCCUCACAGAGUUAUGUCUCCAGUCCUGCUAUGCUCUCACAGAGCUAUGUGUCUCCAGUCCAGUCCUGCUAUGCCCUCACAGAGCUAUGUGUCUGCAGUCCAGUCCUGCUAUGCCCUCACAGAGCUAUGUGUCACCAGUCAAGUCCUGCUAUGCCCUCACAGAGUUAUAUGUCUCCAGUCCUGCUAUGCCCUCACAGAGUUAUGUGUCUCCAGUCCUGCUAUGCCCUCACAGAGCUAUGUGUUUCCAGUCCAGUCCUGCUAUGCCCUCACAGAGCUAUGUGUCUCCAGUCCAAUCCUGCUAUGCCCUCUCAGAGCUAUGUGUCUCCAGUCCAGUCCUGCUAUGCCCUCCAGAGCUAUGUGUCUCCAGUCCAGCUCUGCUAUGCCCUCACAGAGCUAUGUGUCUCCAGUCCAGUUUGCUAUGCCCUCACAGAGCUAUGUGUCCCCAGUCCAGUCCUGCUAUGCCCUCACAGAGCUAUGUGUCUCCAGUCCUGCUAUUCCCUCACAGAGCUAUGUGUCUCCAGUCCAGCGCUGCUAUACCCUCACAGAGCUAUGUGUCUCCAGUUCAGUCCUGCUAUGCCCUCACAGAGCUAUGUGUCUCCAGUCCAGUCCUGCUAUGCCCUUACAGAGCAAUGUCUCCAGUCCUGCUAUGCCCUCGCAGAGCUAUGUGUCUCCAAUCCAGUCCUGCUAUGCCCUCACAGAGCUUUGUUUCUUCAGUCCAGUCCUGCUAUGCCCUCAUAGAGCUAUGUGUCUCCAUUCCAGUCCUGCUAUGCCCUCACAGAGCUGUGUGUCUCCAGUCCAGCGCUGCUAUGCCCUCACAGAGCUAUGUGUCCCCAGUCCAGUCCUGCUAUGCCCUCACAGAGCUAUGUGUCUCCAGUCCUGCUAUUCCCUCACAGAGCUAUGUGUCUCCAGUCCAGCGCUGCUAUACCCUCACAGAGCUAUGUGUCUCCAGUUCAGUCCUGCUAUGCCCUCACAGAGCUAUGUGUCUCCAGUCCAGUCCUGCUAUGCCCUGACAGAGCAAUGUCUCCAGUCCUGCUAUGCCCUCACAGAGCUAUGUGUCUCCAAUCCAGUCCUGCUAUGCCCUCACAGAGCUAUGUGUCCCCAGUCCAGUCCUGCUAUGCCCUCACAGAGCUAUGUGUCUCCAGUCCUGCUAUUCCCUCACAGAGCUAUGUGUCUCCAGUCCAGCGCUGCUAUACCCUCACAGAGCUAUGUGUCUCCAGUCCAGUCCUGCUAUGCCCUCACAGAGCUGUGUGUCUCCAGUCCAGCGCUGCUAUGCCCUCACAGAGCUAUGUGUCCCCAGUCCAGUCCUGCUAUGCCCUCACAGAGCUAUGUGUCUCCAGUCCUGCUAUUCCCUCACAGAGCUAUGUGUCUCCAGUCCAGCGCUGCUAUGCCCUCACAGAGCUAUGUGUCUCCAGUUCAGUCCUGCUAUGCCCUCACAGAGCUAUGUGUCUCCAGUCCAGUCCUGCUAUGCCCUCACAGAGCAAUGUCUCCAGUCCUGCUAUGCCCUCACAGAGCUAUGUGUCUCCAGUCCAGUCCUGCUAUGCCCUCACAGAGCUUUGUUUCUCCAGUCCAGUCCUGCUAUGCCCUCACAGAGCUAUGUGUCUCCAGUCCAGUCCUUCUAUGCCUUCACAGAACUGUGUCUCCAGUCCAGUCCUGCUAUGCCCUCACAGAGCUGUGUCUCCAGUCCAGUCCUGCUAUGCCUUCACAGAGCUAUGUGUCUCCAAUCCAGUCCUGCUAUGCCCUCCAGAGCUAUGUGUCUCCAGUCCAGUCCUGCUAUGCCCUCACAGAGCUAUGUGUCUCCAGUCCUGCUAUGCCCUCACAGAGCUAUGUGUCUCCAGUCCUGCUAUGCCCUCACAGAGUUAUGUCUCCAGUCCUGCUAUGCUCUCACAGAGCUAUGUGUCUCCAGUCCAGUCCUGCUAUGCCCUCACAGAGCUAUGUGUCUGCAGUCCAGUCCUGCUAUGCCCUCACAGAGCUAUGUGUCACCAGUCAAGUCCUGCUAUGCCCUCACAGAGUUAUAUGUCUCCAGUCCUGCUAUGCCCUCACAGAGUUAUGUGUCUCCAGUCCUGCUAUGCCCUCACAGAGCUAUGUGUUUCCAGUCCAGUCCUGCUAUGCCCUCACAGAGCUAUGUGUCUCCAGUCCAAUCCUGCUAUGCCCUCUCAGAGCUAUGUGUCUCCAGUCCAGUCCUGCUAUGCCCUCACAGAGCUAUGUGUCUCCAGUCCAGCGCUGCUAUGCCCUCACAGAGCUAUGUGUCCCCAGUCCAGUCCUGCUAUGCCCUCACAGAGCUAUGUGUCUCCAGUCCUGCUAUUCCCUCACAGAGCUAUGUGUCUCCAGUCCAGCGCUGCUAUACCCUCACAGAGCUAUGUGUCUCCAGUUCAGUCCUGCUAUGCCCUCACAGAGCUAUGUGUCUCCAGUCCAGUCCUGCUAUGCCCUGACAGAGCAAUGUCUCCAGUCCUGCUAUGCCCUCACAGAGCUAUGUGUCUCCAAUCCAGUCCUGCUAUGCCCUCACAGAGCUAUGUGUCCCCAGUCCAGUCCUGCUAUGCCCUCACAGAGCUAUGUGUCUCCAGUCCUGCUAUUCCCUCACAGAGCUAUGUGUCUCCAGUCCAGCGCUGCUAUACCCUCACAGAGCUAUGUGUCUCCAGUCCAGUCCUGCUAUGCCCUCACAGAGCUGUGUGUCUCCAGUCCAGCGCUGCUAUGCCCUCACAGAGCUAUGUGUCCCCAGUCCAGUCCUGCUAUGCCCUCACAGAGUUAUGUGUCUCCAGUCCUGCUAUGCCCUCACAGAGCUAUGUGUUUCCAGUCCAGUCCUGCUAUGCCCUCACAGAGCUAUGUGUCUCCAGUCCAAUCCUGCUAUGCCCUCCCAGAGCUAUGUGUCUCCAGUCCAGUCCUGCUAUGCCCUCACAGAGCUAUGUGUCUCCAGUCCAGCGCUGCUAUGCCCUCACAGAGCUAUGUGUCCCCAGUCCAGUCCUGCUAUGCCCUCACAGAGCUAUGUGUCUCCAGUCCUGCUAUUCCCUCACAGAGCUAUGUGUCUCCAGUCCAGCGCUGCUAUACCCUCACAGAGCUAUGUGUCUCCAGUUCAGUCCUGCUAUGCCCUCACAGAGCUAUGUGUCUCCAGUCCAGUCCUGCUAUGCCCUGACAGAGCAAUGUCUCCAGUCCUGCUAUGCCCUCACAGAGCUAUGUGUCUCCAAUCCAGUCCUGCUAUGCCCUCACAGAGCUAUGUGUCCCCAGUCCAGUCCUGCUAUGCCCUCACAGAGCUAUGUGUCUCCAGUCCUGCUAUUCCCUCACAGAGCUAUGUGUCUCCAGUCCAGCGCUGCUAUACCCUCACAGAGCUAUGUGUCUCCAGUCCAGUCCUGCUAUGCCCUCACAGAGCUGUGUGUCUCCAGUCCAGCGCUGCUAUGCCCUCACAGAGCUAUGUGUCCCCAGUCCAGUCCUGCUAUGCCCUCACAGAGCUAUGUGUCUCCAGUCCUGCUAUUCCCUCACAGAGCUAAGUGUCUCCAGUCCAGCGCUGCUAUGCCCUCACAGAGCUAUGUGUCUCCAGUUCAGUCCUGCUAUGCCCUCACAGAGCUAUGUGUCUCCAGUCCAGUCCUGCUAUGCCCUCACAGAGCAAUGUCUCCAGUCCUGCUAUGCCCUCACAGAGCUAUGUGUCUCCAAUCCAGUCCUGCUAUGCCCUCACAGAGCUUUGUUUCUCCAGUCCAGUCCUGCUAUGCCCUCACAGAGCUAUGUGUCUCCAUUCCAGUCCUGCUAUGCCCUCACAGAGCUGUGUGUCUCCAGUCCAGCGCUGCUAUGCCCUCACAGAGCUAUGUGUCCCCAGUCCAGUCCUGCUAUGCCCUCACAGAGCUAUGUGUCUCCAGUCCUGCUAUGCCCUCACAGAGCUAUGUGUCUCCAGUCCAGCGCUGCUAUGCCCUCACAGAGCUAUGUGUCUCCAGUUCAGUCCUGCUAUGCCCUCACAGAGCUAUGUGUCUCCAGUCCUGCUAUGCCUCUCAGAGCUAUGUGUCUCCAGUCCUGCUAUGCCCUCACAGAGCUAUGUGUCUCCAGUCCAGUCCUACUAUGCCCUCACAGAGCUAUGUGUCUCCAGUCCUGCUAUUCCCUCACAGAGCUAUGUGUCUCCAGUCCAGCGCUGCUAUGCCCUCACAGAGCUAUGUGUCUCCAGUUCAGUCCUGCUAUGCCCUCACAGAGCUAUGUGUCUCCAGUCCUGAAAUGCCCUCACAGAGCUAUGUUUCUCCAGUCCAGUCCUGAUAUGCCCUCACAGAGCUAUGUGUCUCCAGUCCAGUCCUGCUAUGCUCUCACAGAGCUAUGUGUCUCCAGUCCUGCUAUGCCCUCACAGAGCUAUGUGUCUCCAAUCCUGCUAUGCCCUCAUAGAGCUAUGUGUCUCCAGUCCAGCUCUGCUAUGCCCUCACAGAGCUAUGUGUCUCCAGUCCAGGGCUACUAUGCCCUCACAGAGCUAUGUGUCUCCAGUCCAGCACUGUUAUGCCCUCACAGAGCUAUGUGUCUACACUUCUGCAACACCUUCUCUGCUCCCCCUGGUCUUUUCUUUAUUUUGUCCUGAUUGGGGGAUCUUCAUCCAAACAGGGAACAACUCCUAUGCAAUGCCGACACACCGGCUUCAUUGCCAGCAUGCCAGCCUCUGAACAAAGGGACAGCCUCCAGGCAGGUAGUGCAUGCGCUGUGGUUGCCAAGUGUGUAGAGUAGAAGUACCGUGGUUGGCCUUUUCUGCUCUCCCUUGUCAGUCAAAUUUUCUGCAUAGAGUCCAUGAUGAAUAAUUGUCUGACAGGUGGGAGAUAGAUAUAUCUUUAAAUAGUCUUUUCUCUCAAUAUAUACAUUUACUAGCAAAUCAGCUUGUACACUGUAUAGAUGGAAUUUAAUGGCACUCUUUAACUCGACCGGAGCAACACUGGGGGCGGAAUCACUGAUGUAAUUGGCAACGUGGGAAACAGUUACCAAGUGGGAAGGAAAAAGGGGAACGAGGCGUACAUUAUAUAUUUUCCAUUCUUCCUUCCUUUUCUCGUUCAUUGCGUUCUUCUUCUUUUCUUGCGUCCAUUGCACAGGUCUGUCAAGAGAAUAUUUUUGGUCUGGGUGCCACUUUCCAUUCCUUCAAGAAGGUUCUGUUUGAAAUUGGACCCCGAUACUCCCAGCAGAUCCAGCUCGUUUCAGUCAAUUCUGUCUCCAAGGGGGUCAGUGGAGAGUGAGUACAGAUCACUCGAGCUUUCUUAUCUCAGCCGAUUCUUUAUAUUGUGCUAAGUGACAUUGUAUAAACAUUCAUUCCACAACACAACGUUUUGACCAAAACUACCUAACUCUCCCCUGCAGGUGUGGACUGCGCUGUGGGUACAUUGAGUUUGUGAAUAUUGACCCAGCUGUGUUUCAGAAACUAUUCACAUUGAAGUCCUUCGCUGUACCCAAUGUUAUUGGGAUGCUGGCCAUGGAUAUAAUGAUGGACCCCCCACAGCCAGCAGAUCCAUCUUAUAAAACCUUCAUGGAGGUGAGAAUCAUGACCGGACAUAAUAAGGGAGCAAUACUACUGUAUUGAUAAACUAUUCAAGCUGAUGGAUACGUGGACGAACCCUUUCCUUUACCCAUGGGCUGAUGGAUUGGCCAUGGAUGCCCCCUUUUCUCUGUUUAUAGUAAAAACCAUGACUCACAAAAUGAUCAAGAUGGACAAUGCCUUCCCUCUUUGUAAACUGACCCCCAGGUAAGCUGAAGAAUUGCGAGUGGUGUCUGUUAUAAUAUCAGCCUGGCACUGAGUGUAGGGGGUGAGUUUGAAUAAGUCCAUAGGGGGCGCUAUGGUGUAAACAGAUUAAGUAGCCCGAAGGGAUUCCACAGAUUGAUGUGAAAUAUAAUGAAAAGGCUCUUUUAGUUUAUAACAUUAUCCAUUACCUCCUUGAUGAAUUCUGUAUGAAUAAAAUGUUUUAUCUGGAACGAUACAUUGGGAUCAUGGCCUCACAAAUAGAAUGAUAGAUACGAUUCUGUCUCAUAUCAUAUUGUCCUGUUUAAUUGUAUUUUCCCAGGAGAAAAAGGCCGUGCUCAGUGCGCUAGCAGAGAAUGCUAAGCUAACUGAGGAGAUUUUAAACCAGGCACCCGGGAUCCACUGUAAUCCGAUCCAGGGCGCAAUGUACGCCUUUCCCAGGAUCCACAUCCCAGAGAGAGCCGUGAAACUGGCCCAGGUAACCAAUGUUACUUUCUUUUUUUUUUUAUUCUCUAUUUAUGUGAGGAAGCCAAAAAAAUAUAUAUUAUAUAUUAUAGGCAUAAGCAAAAUGCAUUAAUUAUGCAGUACAUAUAAAUUGCUUUAUAACAUUUUACAAAAUGGAUUUCCCCCAAAUUUUUUCAAGUAUAGACUAAAAAUACUUAAUCUCAGAGAGAGAGAAGAGACAAAAUAUUCACACCUGUUUGUGUAAUUCCCCUUAAAUAUACUGUGACAGAGUUCCCUGUACCCCAGCUGGGUACCUCCGCCAAGGACCGCUUCCUAGCUAAAACAGGGGACAAACCUCAGCACUCUUGCCCCCAGUCGCCGUGGCUUGACUGGGGGUCCUGGACCCGCUCUAUCCUGGAGCCGAAUGGGGAAUUAGCUCUAGACACCCCCAGGCACUGGACGACACUCAGUCCUGGGAGCUCUAGUCCUUUGCCCUCCAAUAACAGGACAAUACACAGUUUUGGAGUGUAAGCUGGAAUAGAUUUUAAUGAUGCCACACUUGGCCUUAUUUGUAAAUCCCCAUUAUUAUUAUUAUUAUUAUUAUUUUAUUAUUUUAAAAUCUUCCUUAAGCCUAAAGUCCUUUAAGAGAUCCCUCUCUACAUAUCUCAAACAGAAUGCACGUGUCAUGGCUGAUUAUAUAUUUCCUACCUGUUCUAUGUUAAAUUUUGUAUUUAUUGUGUAUUAAUAUUGUUUUUGUAUCUUAUUGUACCCUAAUGUAACAAUGCAAUGAUUUGUGGACCCAGGACAUACUUGAAAACGAGAGAAAUCUCAAUGUAUCUUUCCUGGUAAAAUAUUUUUAUAAAUAAAUAAAUAAUUCCGUAGCGCUGUAUGCAAGGGGUACGCGCACAUGGACCUUGUUGGGGACAGGGACACAAUCUUGCAAACCAAUAAUAACACAUUUACAAUGUAAGGCACUCCCACACAUGGCACACAGUCCCUCCCCUCUGCCUGGGAGAUAAUUGGAUCAGAUACUGCACUAACCCAAUUAUCAACUGGCAGGAAAAACACAUUUCUAAAAAGUCCCAAAAGUACACCAAAACACAUGAUAUCUCCUCACAUGUCCCCUGAUAGCCCUGAUCUGGGUGAUCAACAUAUCCCAAAAUCACCCAGAUCAGUUCAGGCGUUCAGAAAUUCUAUGGAAGUCAUUUAUUUGACCAACCACAGGCAUGGUCCCAUGUCCAAAACAGUUCCAGAGAAUCAGGGCUUGCGGUAGGUCUAGUUAGGCAGUUUGAAAACGAACAAACUACCGAACAGAGUCAAUAGUCUUACCCUGGAGCUUGUUCCCUUCAUCCAGAUGAAUGAACUCACCAAACAGUGCCCUUCUAAGCUAAAUAGAAACAAACGUAGGCGAUGAUGGAAGUCUAGCAGUGUUCCGGAGUUUCUGUAUCCGAUUUUAGUUCCAGGAGAUUCAUGCCCAAACACUGCUGCCUGCGUUCAUGUGAACAAGAUGGCCACCACCUGGUGGUUGUCUAUAGGAAUUGCGCCCACCCAGACGAACAAUUAGAACACUGCGUUGAGAAACGUUCCAAGUUGUUAAUAGGUGUUAACAAGCUCCAGGGUAGUCUCUGGUUGUUGCGGUUGUUCGGUAAUUCGAAGUGCCGCUUCGAAAGGUUGAAGUGUGGCCAUAUAACUACAAAAAGGCACGAACAGAGACUUUUACAUUAUUUUCCACAGGGUCCAUAGUCUGUGGGCAGAAGGCUGGCCAGCAGGCUCCUCCAGGAGCUCGUGGCAAACUCCUGUAAAAAGAGGAGUUUGUCACAGAUACAGCGCGGUUUUCUUAUCUAUUUUUAUUAGUAAUAAACUUUCACUAUGGAUCCCAAAUUUUAAUAAAUUAUUUUUGAAGUUAGUUAAUCCUGAGUAAAUUAUCUUCAAUUUUUAAAAUAACUUUACUUAUUGGGGGAAUAUCAGUUUUUAACCAUCAAGCUGCAAUAACUCUACGGCUGCUAAUGUUAUGGAAUGUAGUAGUUUCUGUGAAUGCUUUGACAUCCCCUCUAUAGGUCUAGAGAUUAGGAAUAUCCAAGGCGAGAAUUCAGUUGAUCUUUGAAAAACAAAGUUAGUUUCCAAAAGUCAGUAAUUUUAGGACACUCCCACCAUAUAUGUAGGUAGGUGCCCCUGAGUCCACAUAAUCGCCAGAAAAGAUCUGAUGUUUUUCUACCAAUUCUAUACAUAAAAACAGGAGUAACAUGCCACCUAAACAAAAUCGUAAACAUUUGCUCGUGUGAGAACACGCAAAUUGAUAUUUUAGACGCUGUUCUCCAGAUAUCUGCCCACACUCCCAUCUCUGGGGCUUCACCUAAAUCUGAUUCCCAAUGUGACACAUAUCUAAGUGUGCCCCACACUGAUGGUUCCUGACUUAGAUAUGAGUAUAGAGUUGAAAUUAGACCUUUCUUACAUCUCCCUGAAAUACACAGUUUUUCGAAAGAUGAAGGUGUAGACUGCCCUGCGCUCCUAAUAGCCGGAGUCUGAGCAAAAUGUCUAAACUGAAUAUAUCGAAAAUAAUCUCCGACUGUCAGAUGUGUCUGUGAUUUUAAGUCUUCAAUGUGACUUUCUAUAUCUCUGAUAGCCCACAGAUCACACGAUCCCAUUAUGGAAACUCAAGGGAAUUUUCACCUUAUUUUAGCAACUUUUCAAAGGUUGUCAUGGGACAGAAAACACGUUACCAUGGAGAUCAAGCGAUUACACCUGUUUAGAUAUUUGUAUUUUCAAGGUGACACCAGCUAACAGUCUGAUUAAAUCCUAAAUGAAUGGAAGUAUUUAUACAAAUGAUACAAUAAAGACUGUCUGAUGGAGAGAUUGUUACAGGGAAUAUGUUAACACAUCCCACUUAUUAGACCAUUUACCAAUGCUGUGUCUUCAUUGUCAGACUCAAGGCCUGGAACCAGACAACAUGUUCUGUCACCACCUGCUGGAGGAGACUGGUAUUGCUUUGGCUCCUGGAAGUUGCUUUGGACAAGUAAAGGACACCUAUCACAUUAGGUAUGUCACCAUGUCUGUUAUCAUGGUUAUAAUGUGUGAUUGUGGUGGCCACCCUGAGUAAAGAGGGGUUUCCGUCCCUAGAGAUGUCCUUUUCCUUAGUCUGAGCAAUGCUGAAGUAUUUCCCAUCUAGUGCGGUUCAAUUGAUCUUUGCGGUAAUCAAAGCAGGUAUAGCAGUUCCCUCAAUCACGAGACGAGGCUCUGUGUUGAGGGUAAGCAGGAACUGGUUUUAAUGGGACCACACACGGCCUUUUAUGUUAAUCCCCAUGCAAUGGGUCUACAAUAACAUAUUCCAGGGGCAUUCCCCACUGGACCUUAGAGGCAACAGACACAAAGUACACAACAUAAUUAUAUUAACUCUCAGGUCCAGGACAUGUAUAGGACAUAUAUAUGUAUUAACCCCUCAAAACACCCCUUUAACAGUGUGGUACCCCCUCAAGUACUAUAUCCCCAGACAGCCUGGAUCUGAACGCCCAACAUAUUCGAAAAGCGCUCAGAUCCCACGAACGUAGCCAAAUCGCCACUGAGGUAUAGUUUAGAGCGACCACACACAAGGCACCUGCCCAAAAGAGUUACAUGAAUUCAGCCUGUGCGGUCGGUCUCUUUCGGGAGUAUGAAAUAUAACCAUAUAUGCAAAUAAACUGUUCGUGCAUACGCUUACACCAUGUAUCUUGUUCGGGAGUUUGCUCCCACUGAACGCCGCUCAUCUUAGACGAAUGGAAACGAACGCAGGUGGAUGUGGAAGUUCCAGCGGUGUUCAUGCCGCCGAGUGCCCGAUAAUAGUUCCAUACACUCGAUGACCAAACACCGCUGGGUGCGUUCAAAAACCAAGGUGGCCGCCGCCUCGUCUUCAUACAUAUGAACGCCGGCAACCCAGCCGACAGCUUACAAUGUUGAAGUGAUUACGAUUUGUGAAGGUGGUAGUGAGGUCAAGUGGCACACAACUGUUCUGGGUGGUCGGUACUUUAUUCGGUAUACGAACCAAAUGGGGCAAUCUGUUCGGUGAGGUUCGUAUACCGAUCCAGUCAUUGAAAAAUAGUAAUUUAGGAACAGUGGAUCUGUUACAGUGAUUAUUCUGGUGUCCAUUGAUAAGAUAGCGUUAACGAGAUUCAGUCUAAUUAACUGAUCAUAUAAUUACAAAGUGGUAACUUAAAAACAACAAACAUUACCUGCGCACUAUCCCACAUCCUUAUUUAUAUUUAAAUAACUGGAAGAUGUUAGUAUCACUGCAAUGGCCAGUAAAGUGUAAGCUUUACACGGACACACAUGCAAAGAUAUACACAUACAAAGAGAUAUACAUACAGAUACACACACAUGCAGACACACAUAUACAGACAUUCACAAACGCACACACACAUACAGACACACUGAUAUACAGAUACAGAAAUUCACACAUACAGACACAGAUAUACAGAUACAGACAUUCACACACACACACACAUGCAGACACACACACAGAUAAACAGAUACAGACAUUCACAAACACACACAUAAAGACACACAGAUACAGACACACACAUGCAGACACACAGAUAUACAGAUACAGACAUUCACACACACACACAUGCAGACACACACACAGAUAUACAGAUACAGACAUUCACAAACACAGACAUACAGACACACAGAUACAGACACACACAUGCAGACACACAGAUAUACAGAUACAGACACACACAUACACACAGACACACAUGCAGACACACACACACACACACACAUACAUACAUUCACACACACAAACUGUUAAAAAAUUUUUAGUCACCCUCCGGUUUCCUACUUUUAGGUGCAGGUGGGUGACAUCCCUGGGGUCUAGUGGCUGCCUAAUGCUGGUGGGAGUCAGAGCUCCCACUCUGACUCCCUCCUCUCCUUGCAUUCUCCUCCUGCGCAGCUCUGCUCUGUGUAUGCUGGGAGGAAGUGACGGCUCCCUCCCAGCGGGCACUCUGAUGUCAACAAUGGGGCUUGGUCGCGCUAUUAAAGCACCCCAUUGCUGACCGGGCCCCAGGUAAUAAAUAUUACAACAAAUCUGAACUUUUUAAGAAAUUAAUUGUGAUCUAUCUCUGUAUCAUACAGGCGACAUGUCUAA